UUCUCUCCAAUACAGGUGUGUUCACAGUGGUGUGUCCAGGCGGCGGAGACACACACACACGCACGCACACACACAAAGAAAGGCUGGGUAUGUCGGAUGAGGAUUCCCGUACCAGCACCGGCUCUUUCUCCUCGUCGUCCUCAACUCAUCAGCAUCACCUUCAGCAACAUCAGGAGGAGGACGUGACCCCCCCGAAGAAACGAGAACGCAAAGCCAUCAUGAACAAGUCCUCCAAGCUCAUCUCCACCAGUGCUAAAAGAAUUCAGAAGGAGCUGGCCGACAUCACACUGGAUCCACCACCAAACUGCAGCGCCGGACCUAAAGGAGACAACAUCUAUGAGUGGAGGUCGACCAUCCUGGGCCCUCCAGGCUCCGUGUACGAGGGAGGAGUGUUUUUCCUGGACAUCGCCUUCACACCAGAUUACCCCUUCAAACCACCCAAGGUGACGUUUCGCACCAGGAUCUACCACUGUAACAUCAACAGUCAGGGGGUGAUCUGUCUGGACAUCCUGAAGGACAACUGGAGUCCUGCCCUCACCAUCGCCAAGGUCCUGCUGUCCAUCUGCUCCCUUCUCACUGACUGCAACCCUGCCGAUCCUCUGGUUGCAAGCAUCGCCACACAGUACACAACGAACAGACCUGAACAUGACAGGAUAGCCAAACAGUGGACCAAACGCUACGCCACAUAAUCACCAGAGGGGCGGCUGCUGCUCGGACGAGUCAGGGAUGCUGGGGGGAGGGGGGGGGAUUUUUAUCUCCGAAUUUAAGUCCAACUUUUGUUGUCAUUUAUUUUAUUAAAACUAUAAUCAAAUUUGGCAAUAAUGCGUUUAAUGUUUUUCUCUUGUUUUGUUUUGUAGCUUGAGCUUGAAGGAUGACUGUAAAUACUAAAUGUAAUGUAAAAACUGUUUGAUGAAACUUGUCACAGCAUGAUCCCCGAAAGUCCAUAUAAAUUCUCACAUGCAUUAAA